AAGAUCACCUCUCUCCACAAGUACGACCCUGAUAAUAAGGUUCUGGUCAUAUUCUGUGGUCAAAAUGUUAUAAAAGUAGGUACUAUCCGUGGAAUUUUAAGUCAGAUAGUCAACAAGGAGACCUUGAAUCGGUUGAUACUGGUUGUGCAAAGUCAACUAACCAAUCAAGCUACAAAAGCUGUAGAACUCUUUGCAUGCAAAGUUGAAAUUUUCCAGGUCAAAGACUUGCUUGUCAACAUCACUAAGCAUGCGUUGAGGCCAAAGCAUCAAAUUCUAUCUGAUGAAGAGAAGCAAAAGCUGUUGGAGAAAUAUAACUUGGAAGAGAAACAGUAUUUCUUCUUGAAAAUUUCAAGCUUCCUAGGAUGUCACAGAAGGAUGCGAUAGCCCGCUACUAUGGACUUGAAAAGGGGCAGGUUGUGAAGGUUACAUACACAGGCGAAAUCAUUGAGACACAUGUUACGUACCGUUGUGUUUGGUGAUGCUCAUUGAGGGGAAGUUGUUAUGUAGUUCUUAGCUUUCUCACUGCCAUGGCUGGAAUUUAUGUUCGAAUUUUGUGGGUUGAUGUGGUUUGUUUUGUUAUUCAGUGUCCACCACUAACAUCUCCAGCAACCCCUAAGGUUUCAAUGUCGUGUUGUUUAAGGAUCUCCUGAUAUUUUAUCAGUAUGUCUUAUAAUCACGACAAUUAUCCUGGCGGCCAAAAAAAAAAAAAAAAAAAAAAAAAAAAAAAAAAAAAAAAAAAAAAAAAAAAAAAAAAAAAAAAAAAAAAAAAAAAAAAAAAAAAA